CUGAACAGUUUGGCGCCACGUAACACAAUGAACACCAGGCAGCAAACCAUAAACAUUCAUUGUCUCUCUCCUCUGUCCUCUCUGUAACAAUUUUAAUCCGGUUGGAGAUGAUAACAAUGGCGUUAUCAGCCACACCAUUUCGAGCUACACUCUGUAACGCCUCUCAACCACCUUCGAAACUCUCCUUUCCUGGUCGCAUUUCACUCGCUCAUCAUGACCAUCACCAUCACCCACUCAAAUCUCCCCAAAUUAUUUACCCUAAAUCGCCGCCAAUUCGCCGCCGUCAACUCAUAAUCCCUCCUUCUGCAACUCGAAAAUCGUUGAAGAAUUCAAAUAAGGAUUCUGAAUUAGUUGGUGAAGAAAACGAAGAUGAAAUGUUUCAAAGAAGAUUAACACAAGCUGUGUUGUGGGUUAUGGAGGGUGUUUACAUUGUUUGGCUCUUUUUUCUUCCUUUUGCUCCUGGUGACCCUGUAUGGGCUAUCAGUUCUGACACUAUCAACUCUCUUGUGGGCCUUUCUCUAAACUUCUUCUUCAUCUUGCCGAUAACAAAUUCUGUUGGUAUUCAUGCUAUAGAAGCCCCAGUUCUUCACCCAAUGUCAGAAGGGCUCUUCAACUUUGUUGUGGCAUGGACUUUCAUGUUUGCUCCUCUAAUAUACACUGAUUUUAAGAAUGGUAGAUACAAGGGAUCCCUGGAUGUGUUAUGGGGUCUUCAGAUGUUCCUGACAAACACAUUCUUGAUACCCUACAUGGCUAUCAGACUAAACAAAGCUGAUGCGAGGGACUACCCAAGAAAGGCCUCUCAACUGGGCACUAUGAUGAUUAAAGGCGCGCCUGUAGUUGGUUUGAUUGGUGGGGCAGUUUGCGCAAUAUCCAUUAUGUGGGCUCUAUUUGGAAGAAUGGAUGGCGAUUUUGGAAGUGUAAGUGAGAGGUGGAAUUUCUUGUUGAAAUAUUUGGGAUCCGAAAGGCUAGCUUAUGCUUUUAUCUGGGAUAUUGUUCUUUACAUGAUUUUCCAGCCUUGGUUGAUCGUGGAAAACCUAGCAAAUGUUGCAGAGAACAGAGUUGUAUUCGUGAAUUACACUAGAUACGUACCAGUUGUUGGCUUGCUUGCUUAUCUUCUUUGUCUGAAAGGAGAGGGAGCCAUAGAUCAGCUUGAAUAACUGAUUAGAAAAAUAACACAUAAAAUGAGAGUUUAGAACUUUAGUUCCUGCAGUUUUCUUGUUGUAAUAGCAAGUUACUAUUGUGUAACAUUUAGAUCCUCCAGUUUUCCUUAUACAUGUUUAUAGUAUUACCAAAGAAAUAUCAUUCUUCUGUAACAUCUAAACAUGAUUCACUAUUGUGUAACAUUUUUCAGGAGUUAAAAAAAAAACAAAGGUAUUAAUGAA